UGGUGGUCCGAACGGUGGUGGUUGCGCUGGCAGCGCGGACGGAGGGAUCGUUGGAGGGAAUACGGGAAACAACGAAAAUUUCGUGCGAAAACUGGAGUUACCUCUAUUAUGUCAAGUGGAGUAACGUGUUGGCCUUUGGUUCAGAAGGUGGGACUUGUAUUAUCUUUUAUAAUUAAUGUGGUGAUCCUUGAGAGAGUCUCAAAGACAACACCAUGUGACCUCUUAUAUGCCCUUGUCUCCCAGUAGCUCCUAUGAGUACUCCUCCUCCGCCAAUCAUUCAAGUAGCCAACGAUAUCCUUUUUAUCUAUAUAUAUUCAUUGCAGCCAGCAUUCAGGACCAACACAAACCAUUCACAUCCUGAAGCAUUAAAAAUUCACAAACUUGUACAAGUCCUUUUUUUUAGACCAUUCUGUUCUCAAGUCUCAUACAAAAAUGGGUUUUCGUUUACCAGGUAUCAAAAGAGCAUCAUUUGUUGCAAACAAAGCAACUUCGAAAGUAGUGGACGUGCCAAAGGGCUAUCUUGCAGUGUAUGUUGGAGAGAAAAUGAAGCGGUUUGUGAUUCCCAUAUCAUAUUUGAACCAACCUUCAUUUCAAUACUUGCUGAGCCAAGCUGAGGAAGAAUUCGGGUAUGAUCAUCCACUCGGUGGUCUCACAAUUCCUUGCAGAGAAGAUGUGUUCUUCGAUAUCACUUCUCGCUUGGAUAGGUGCUAACCUCAUGAUGAUAGGAC